AUGGAGGGCUCCUAUACCUCGUUGAGUUUAAAGUUGGAUUUGGACAAAACUCUUGAUACUGGGAAGAUUACUGGCACACUCCUCAGCCAAUAUGCAAUCCAAUCCGGCGACACAUUGAGUGAAAUCGCGGAGAAAGUUGAUGGAGAUCUGAAGGCAAUCAUCCAGGUGAGCCCAUGCGUCAAGCCUGAAGGACUCUGUGUCGGUCAGAUCACCAAUAUCCCCACUGGUCAGACUGGCGUGGCAGUGUUCAGUCUAGAAGACGUGGCAGGCGUCCUCGGUGUCCCAUUAUCAUCGCCCCAGUCCUUCAAUUCUGGGAUAUUGAAUGAGCUGAGCUUCAAUCAAGUCAUCGUCGUGCCUGGCCCACCAGAAGAAACACUAGGCUCAGUCGGCGGAACAGACGGUGGAGGUUGA